AUGCCGGUUAAUUAUGUCAAUAGUUAUCAACCGCUUGCAUCAGAUCGGAUCUCCAUCCCCACCACCAGCAGCGGCGGCAGCAGGAGGAUGCAGGAUGGUGAGAGGAUGGAGUACACUCUGGAUGACGCACUAGCUUCUGCGGGUUUCGGGAAAUACCAGUUUCUGGUGCUUGCUUAUGCUGGUCUUGGUUGGUUUACUGAAGCCAUGGAAAUUAUGAUUCUUUCCUUUGUGGGUCCAGUUGUCAAGUCCCAAUGGAAUCUCUCCUCUACCCAAGAGAGUAUGCUCUCUACUGUUGUCUUUGCUGGCAUGCUUGUUGGAGCUUAUUCCUGGGGCCUUUUCUCGGAUAACUGUGGAAGGAGGCAAAUUGUCAUGCCAAGAUUGAAUUGGAGGUGGCUUCUUGCAUUCUCCGCUUUACCAUCCAUUGGCCUGCUUUUCGUUUAUUCUUUCGUACCAGAGUCUCCAAGGUACCUGUGCAUGAAAGGAAAAAUAACCGAUGCACAUAAUAUUCUGGAGAAGAUAGCUCGGUUGAACCAAUCAAAACUUCCUCCUGGAAUGCUUGUUUCUGACAGUAGAAUUGAACUAGAGGAAGAAUCUUCCCCAUCAAAAUUUACCCCUCUACUCUCCUCAACUAGAAAAGUGGUUUUAGAUUUUAAGUCAGGCUUCUCAUCUAUUGUUGUGCUUUUCUCAUCAAAGUUAAUCCGAACAACAUUUCUCCUGUGGUUGUUAUUCUUUGGAAAUGCAUUCGCAUAUUAUGGUAUCAUAUUGCUGACUUCGGAGCUAAGUAGUGAGCAAGGCAAAUGUGGCUCAACUGUCUUAAAGUUGGGUAAUCUCCAGGAUGACAGGCUCUACAUAAAUGUAUUCAUUACUAGUUUGGCAGAGCUUCCUGGGAUUCUUUUAUCAGCAAUUAUCGUGGAUAGAUUUGGCCGCAAGCUUUCCAUGGCAUUUAUGUUGGUUGUGACCUGUAUUUUCCUCUUACCCCUGGUUUCCCAUCGGUCUGGGAUUUUGACAACAGCAUUGUUAUUUGGAGCUCGCAUGUGUGCCAUAGGAAGCUUCACAGUUGCUGCAAUAUAUGCCCCAGAGGUAUAUCCAACGGCUGUGAGGGCAACUGGGGCUGGAGUUUCAAAUGCUGUGGGGAGGAUUGGUGGCAUGGUAUGCCCUCUCGUGGCAGUUGGACUGGUGACUGGUUGCCAUCUUAAGGAAGCUAUCAUUUUGUUUGAGCCAACAAAACAUCCCCAGCCAGAAUCCAGCUGUGUACUUACGUCGACUGCCUGUGAUAGUGAGGAAAAUUUGCAGCAAGAGACACAGCAAAAUGAUUGCGCCAAGCUCCCAUUUCAUCUUCGAUUCUGUGAAGAUAAGCCCGUGAUGGAACCAGCUGAGACCACCGUUAGAGUAAGCACAGGAUUUAUUGAUGAUCAAGCAAUCAAUCUUGAAUUUGAAUAUGAUACAUGA